AUAUACAUUACUUGUUCAUUUCAUUCUUUUUAGGACAAGUUAAGUUUGAGUACAUUUAACUAUGAACUAUUCAAUGCAAGUUAAGAUUUUGUCCAAAAACCUCAUUAAACCAUCAUUACCAACGCCACAACACCUUAAAAAUUACAAGUUAUCUUUCUUUGAUCAAGUGGCGGAUGUAGCACACUUACCUCUUGUUCUUUUCUAUCCUCAUUGUGACAAUAACAUGAAAAAUGAUGAACUCGAAGAGUCCUUAUCGAGGAUUUUAACACAUCUUUACCCUUUAGCUGGUCGAUUUGCUGAAGAUGAAUCGUCAAUUAUUUGUCUCGAUCAAGGUGUAACUUAUAUAAAAGCAACGGUCAAUUGUAAGCUUGAUGAUUUCCUUCAACAAGCAAACAAAGACGUUGAUCUAGCAUUGCCAUUUUGGCCUCAAGGAAUUAUGGAUGUGGACGAGACGAAUUUAUUCGUCAUGCCACUUCUGGUUGUGCAAGUCACAACAUUUGAAUGUGGUGGUCUAGCCCUAGCUAUUAGCCAUGCACACCCUGCUAUGGACGGAUGCACCACAUUCAAAUUCAUUUAUGAAUGGGCUAAAGUGUGCAAAUUUGGUACUCCUUCUAAGGAUAUCAACUUGAACCUCAAUUUAGGCACUCUUUUCCCUUACAAAGAUUUAACAACUAUUCUUGAGCCUCCGGUUGACGAAGGCAAACGUAAAAACUCUAAGUUAGUUGCCAGAAAGUUUGUUUUUGAGGAAGAUGCAAUAUUGAGGCUCAGAGAGAAAUUUGACUCAACAACUAGCGAAGGUUUGAGUUUCAAACCUUCGCGAGUUGAGAUGAUUACAACACUUUUAUGGAGGUCACUUAUCCGUUCCACAGGAAGUACUUCACAUUUGAAACGGUCUAUAAUGGCAUUUCCAAUUAAUUUACGUGGUAAGGUAGCAGCUUUUCCUGAAAUUGCCAACUCUUUUGGGAAUCUUAUUAUCGAAAUUCCAAUAAAAUUUGAACACGACGAUGAAACAAAAAUGGAGUCGUUGCAUCACAUUGUAAAACUAAUAAGAGAGUCAGUUCAAGUGAUUAUCAGUAAAUGUGUCAAAGCUACUCCGGAUGAAAUAGUUUCUUUGGUUAUCGACUUAUACAAGGAUAGUUACGCCGGAUUAGAAUGGGGAGGAGACAAUGAAGUUGUGAAUUUUACGUGCUCAAGUUUAUGUAGGUUCCCCGUACAAAAAACUGAUUUUGGUUGGGGAGAACCAAGUUUGAUGCACUUUGGGUCAAGACAUAGCCAAGUUUUUUGGUUGUAUGAUACUGAAUGUGAGACUGGAAUUGUUGUGCAAAUGGAUUUGGAGGAAAAGUACAUGGAUAAACUUGCAUGUGAUCAAGAUAUCAUGGAUUUUGCUAAAUUUUAGGGUUUAAUUUUCAUGUUCUUUCAUUUAA